AUGUGGAGGCUCCCAGGCGCCCGCGCCGCUUUUCGUGGGGUCCGCGCGGCCGUGGAGACACACAGCCGGGCGGAGCCGGCGGUGGGCGCGAUGGAGCGCGCUGUGGUGCGCUGUGUGCCCUCCGAGCCCAAGCUGAGCCUGUCGUUCUCGUUGGCCGAUGGCAGCCACAAGAACAUGCAGCGCGACCAGAGCGAGCCGCUGGGUCGAGUCCUCAGCCGGAUCGCCACCAACGCCCUUAAAGGCCACGCGAAAGCGGCCGCGGCCAAGAAGAGCCGGAAGAACCGGCCAAACGCAAGCGGCGGCGGCGGAGCAUGUUCGGGGCCUGGGUCCGAGCAGGCUGCGGCCUGCGAGCCCGUGGUGAAGCUGUACUACCGGGAGGAGGCGGUGGCCGAAGAUGUGCUCAACGUGGAUGCCUGGCAGGACGGUGCGGUGCUGCAGAUCGGCGAUGUCAAGUACAAGGUGGAGCGCAACCCGCCCACCUUCACCGAGCUGCAGUUGCCACGGUACAUCAUGGCCGGCUUCCCGGUUUGCCCCAAGCUCAGCCUCGAGUUCGGGGACCCCGCCGGCUCCCUCUUCCGCUGGUACAGGGAAGCCAAACCGGGGUCGGCAGAGCCUGAGGGCGGGGCCCCCUCAUCACUGCCUCCCUCCUCGCCUAAUACGGCGAGUUGGACGAACACGGGUGUGGACGAGCGCGUCUACACCCCGUCCAAUGCCGACAUCGGGCUACGUCUCAAGCUUCAUUGCACCCCGGGCAAUGGGCAGCGCUUCGGACCGAGCCGGGAGUUGGAAAGUGUGUGUCUAGUGGAGGCUGGGCCCGGCACCUGCACCUUUGAUCACCGGCAUCUCUACACCAAGAAGGUGACGGACGACGCCCUCAUCCGCACUGUCUCCUACAACAUCCUCGCCGACACGUACGCCCAGACCGAGUUUUCGCGGACCGUCCUGUACCCGUACUGCGCCCCUUACGCCCUGGAGCUCGACUACCGCCAGAACCUUAUCCAGAAGGAGCUCACCGGCUACAACGCCGACCUCAUCUGUUUGCAGGAGGUGGACCGCGGCGUGUUCACGGACAGCCUGCUGCCGGCCCUCGAGGCCUUUGGGCUGGAGGGCGUGUUUCGAAUCAAGCAGCAGGAAGGCCUGGCUACUUUCUACCGAAAGUCCAAGUUCAGCCUCCUUAGCCAGCAUGACAUCUCUUUCCAUGAAGCCCUGCAGUCCGACCCACUUCACAAAGAACUGCUGGAAAAACUAGCUUUGAACCCGGCGGCACAGGAGAGGGUGUUCCAGAGAUCGUCUGUCCUCCAGGUUUCUGUUCUUCAGUCUACAAAAGAUUCUUCUAAAAAGAUAUGUGUUGCUAAUACCCAUCUCUACUGGCAUCCCAAAGGUGGGUACAUUCGUCUCAUUCAAAUAGCAGUAGCCUUGGCUCACAUUAGACAUGUCUCAUGUGAUCUGUAUCCUGGCAUACCGGUUAUAUUUUGUGGGGACUUUAAUAGUACCCCAUCAACAGGAAUGUAUCAUUUUGUCAUCAAUGGCAACAUUCCAGAGGAUCAUGAAGACUGGGCUUCCUAUGGGAAAGAGGAACGAUGCAACAUGUCUCUUACCCAUUUCUUGAAACUGAAAAGUGCUUGUGGUGAACCUGCUUACACAAAUUAUGUUGGUGGCUUUCAUGGAUGUCUGGAUUACAUUUUCAUUGACUUAAAUGCUUUAGAGGUUGAACAGGUGAUUCCACUACCGAGUCAUGAAGAAGUUACCACCCACCAGGCCUUACCUAGUGUUUCUCAUCCCUCGGAUCACAUAGCACUUGUAUGUGAUUUAAAAUGGAAAUAG